UUUUGCGUUCUUACUAAUAAUACUUUCUUCACCAUAAUUAAUUCUUUAAAUGGUCCUCUAAGUUACAGAAGCAACUCACUAAAGUUGAUUUUUUUUUAUUUUUUUUUUUCGGAAUCUCUCUUACUUAAAACUUUCUCCUAAAAUGUAUACUAAUAUAAACUCAACGGAAAAGCCCCUCUCUCCCCUGAUUUGUAAUUAACAUUCCUUAUCAUAUUAAUUACUCUACUUGUUUUUUCAUUCCUUAUCAUAUAACAAAUAAAAAAAAAAUAUCUUUUUAAUCUUGAUGUAUGUGAAAAAGUUAAAAGAUAAAAAAGGGAAAAGAAAUGUCUUUGAUUAAAAAGAAAAAGUAGUGUUAAAGGAAGGAGUGAGGUGGAAAGCGGGUAACCACAUCAUGUGUGGAAUGAAUGAAUAAGAUAGUUAGUCGACGUGGCCUCUUCUUCCCCAAUCCAUCAUCACACAUACAACAGUUGUUGUUCUUGUUGGCCAUCAUCCCCUUUUCCCUCUCUCUAAUGGCCGCCUCCACCCUCUACGCCCAGCUAGCUACCCUAACUACUCUUCCUUCUCGCAAGCUCUCUUCCCUGUCAUGGAGCAAACUGUUUGAUUCCACUCUCUGUCCUCCCAUCACCACUCCUAAAGGCAAACAUUGUUCGGUACCUAAGGUUCUGUGCAAUGCUCAGAGUGCUCCAUCGGCAGUGAAUUUAGCUCCGGGGACGCCAGUCAGGCCUACCAGUAUACUUAUUGUGGGGGCAACAGGCACAUUGGGAAGGCAAGUAGUGAGGAGGGCAUUGGACGAAGGCUACGACGUGAGAUGUCUUGUAAGGCCUAGGCCUGCUCCUGCUGAUUUUCUUCGUGAUUGGGGCGCCACCGUUGUCAAUGCGGAUUUAAGCAAACCUGAAACAAUUCCAGCAACAUUGGUGGGAGUCCAUACAGUUAUUGAUUGCGCUACUGGACGCCCUGAGGAGCCUAUAAAAACUGUAGAUUGGGAAGGAAAGGUUGCUCUAAUACAAUGUGCAAAAGCCAUGGGCAUUCAAAAAUUUAUAUUUUUCUCGAUUCACAACUGCGACAAGCAUCCUGAAGUUCCUUUGAUGGAGAUCAAACACUGUACAGAGAAGUUUCUCCGGGAUUCAGGCCUGAACCACAUUAUAAUCCGAUUAUGUGGCUUCAUGCAGGGCCUUAUCGGUCAAUAUGCAGUGCCUAUAUUAGAAGAGAAAUCUGUAUGGGGAACUGACGCUCCCACUCGAAUAGCAUAUAUGGACACCCAAGAUAUUGCUCGCUUGACAUUCAUAGCUUUACGCAAUGAGAAUAUUAAUGGGAAGCUUCUCACUUUUGCUGGGCCUCGGGCAUGGACAACUCAAGAGGUGAUAACAUUGUGCGAGAGACUUGCUGGUCAAGAUGCCAAUGUGACUACCGUGCCUGUCUCAGUUUUACGAUUCACGCGUCAGCUAACUCGGUUGUUUGAGUGGACGAAUGAUGUUGCUGAUAGAUUGGCAUUUUCAGAGGUUUUGACUAGCGAUACCGUCUUCUCAGUUCCUAUGGCUGAGACAUAUAACCUUCUGGGUGUGGAUGCAAAAGACAUCAGUUCACUGGAGAAAUAUCUGCAGGAUUAUUUCACCAACAUACUCAAGAAGUUGAAAGACCUUAAGGCUCAAUCGAAGCAAACUGAUAUAUUCUUUUGAAAGGAAAACUUGUUUAUGUUGUACUACAAGUAAUAUACCCCGUGACAGAGAAACAUAAACAGAGGCUUUGAAACUCCCAAUCUUGUUUUUUGUCCUAGUUUGCUCUUCAUGUAUUGUAAAGAAGAUAAAGAAAGAAAAUGACUUUUGACUUUGUUGGAA